CCAGUGACAGAGGGAGCAAGUGGACCUAUUUGACUUUGUGAACCUGUGGGAAAAGGAAUGAUGAAGGCUAUGGAUCAGCGCUUUGGAGUUAUGGUCACUUGAUAUUUCUUAUAGAGGCAGAGAACCAUUAUUUUUUUGGACAUUUUAGGUUGAAUUCCUUGAAGUUUUCUUUAUUUUUUGGACGUGUAUCAGCAACACGGAUGGCAGGGUCAUUUCAUGCCUAAACCAUCUGGAUUGUAGUGUUUCUGUAUCAGUCAUGGAAAAAAGGUGACCUGAGUCAGUCAGCAGUGUUUUGAAAGGAGACAGCGAUCCAUCAUGAAUCUGACGCAGCGAAUGAAACUACUCAAGCACUUUGGCUCAGUGCCCCCGGAGCCUCCUCCACCUCUGCUGGUGGUGCCUAGACCCGGUAUGGAGGAGCUGACAAUAUGGGAGCAACACACGAUAACACUGAACAAAGAUUCAAAAGUGGGGUUUGGCUUUGCCAUAUCAGGAGGCAAGGACAAGCCUCACCCAGAUAGCGGGGAUACUACAGUGGUGGUGUCAGAUGUGCUGCCAAAUGGACCAGCGAUGGGCCGGCUGUUCAACAAAGACCAGAUUGUGAUGGUUAAUGGAGUGUCUAUGGAAAAUGUCCACUCAAACUUCACCAUUCAGACUCUGAAGUCAUGUGGCAAAACUGCAAACAUAACAGUGAAACGCCCUCGCAAGAUCCAAAUUCCAGCUACCUCCAGACCAUCCCGGGCUGCCUCCCAUUCCAACCUGCUGGACCAGGACCCCCCCCGAAGAACGCGCCGCUACUCUGAUGGCAGCGACAACAGAGAUGGCAGCCGCUACCGUGCCCGCAGCUCCUCACCAAACCGUAAUGGUUAUGGAACUCUACCACUGAUGUCAUCAGGAUACAAGAGGCUGCCAUAUCAGGACGUUCCAGACAAACCUAUCAGAACUACGCUAGUUAAAAAGAGAGUCACAGAUGAGUACGGAUUGAAGCUGGGCAGUCAGAUCUUCAUCAAACACAUGACAGACACAGGGCUGGCAGCAAAGGAAGGGACGCUGCAGGAGGGAGACCUCAUUCUCAAGAUCAAUGGCAUGACGACAGAGAAUCUAUCGCUGCUGGAGACCAAGCACCUGGUGGAGAAGAGCAGGGGCAAAUUAACCAUGACAGUCCUCAGGGACGAUCGCAAGUUCCUCGUCAGCAUCCCUGAGGUGGAGGACAGUGCCCCCAACAGUGAGGAGGACCGCCGCCGAGAAAGCAGCUCUGAACUAGAAGACAUUUCAGAUAUUGAUGCCCCACCUCACAGAUCCCGUCAAACAGCCAGAGAAAAACGGACACGAAGAACGAGAGCUGAACCACCACCAGCCAGAUCUCGGGAUGCGUCACCUGUGCGCUCUACCCUGCCUCGUCCUCCUGCAAGAACCCACGCGUCCCGCAGAGCUCCUUCAGAAUCAGAGUCAGACCACAGCAUUUCUCCUCCUGUUAUCAGGAGGGCCAGUCCAGACACAAGAGAUUACUCCAGCAAAUACAAAAGUCUGCCUGGCAUGUCCACCCUCCCCAACCCUCGGUCCUCUCCUGUAGUCCAAAAGUGGACCGCCUCCCGCCCCUCAUCCUCUGCCUCACGGCCUCGCAAGCCAGUGUCGGAGUCAGACUCUGAUCACAGUCCAUCCCCUCCACCUCCACCACGCAGAGAGAGCCCUCGCCAAGACAGCAGAUAUAAGUCUCUUUCUGAACUGCCCCCUGCAGUGAUAGGAGCCAUUGACCGCCAGGAUCUGCCAAGGAGGGUCAAUUCUCCUGUCAGAAUCCCAGCCCCAGACUCUGAUUCAGAUCCAGAGAUCAGCUUGGCGCCUCCUCAGAGGCAGAGCACCACGUACAGUCAAGACUCCCUCAGCAGAUACAGAGUCCUGCCGGAGGUUUCCCUGCAACCACAGGUAGAGCCGCCACGAUGGAGCAACGCUGAAAUGAAUCCAACUCCUAAAGCUCGUUCAGGAUCCGAAUCAGAGGCCAGUUAUGCGUCUGUUCCUCGAAGAGAUUCUACAGACAGCACAAACUCCAACCCAGCUAAAACUCGAGUUAGAGUCCUGCCUGAGAUGAAACCCACACCAGUUGCUAUGAGGCAGGAACCCCCUCGUCGCAUCCCGUCACCUGCCAGACCACCUCCAGACGAUUCCUCAGAUUCAGACCAGCUUUCCCAUCUAAGAAGGUCUGGGAGCUCUGAGCGUGGGGGCAGCGGGCGCAGGGCUCCCCCUGCUGCAAAUGGAACAGGGAAGUCUGGGAUAUCAGUGAAGAGUAACCCACCAGUCUACUCCAAGUCUGCUGAAGAGCCCAUCUACUCACUGCCUCCAGAUUCGUACCCAUCACCUAACCCAGGGUACAGCUCAGACGUUCAUACAGUGUCGUUUGUAAAGGAGGGCAGUGUGGGGCUGAGGCUUGUGGGGGGAAACGAUGUUGGUAUUUUUGUUGGCGGAGUUCAGCCCAACAGCCCUGCAUAUGAAAAGGGAAUGAAAGAAGGAGACCAGAUCUUGCAGGUAAAUAAAGUGGAUUUUGGUCAUUUUACACGAGAAGAGGCAGCAAACUUCCUCCUAAACAUCAAGAAAGGAGAACAGGUUGAAAUCUGCUCCCAGAACAAGAUGGACCUUUAUAAGAAAAUUAUGAAAUCCAACUUGGCCGACAACUUCUACAUUCGCACCCAUUUUGACCAUGAAGCAGACAGCCCCAUUGGUUUGAGCUUCACCCGAGGGGAGGUGUUCAGGGUGGUGGACACGAUGCAUCGGGGGAAGCUGGGCAACUGGCUAGCCGUCCGUAUGGGGAAUGACCUGCAUGAGAUGGAUAAAGGCACUAUCCCAAACCAGGCAAGAGCAGAGACAUUUGCCAGCAUAGAGCAGGCACAGCGGGCAAGUGGGGAAAGGCAGGUGUCGGGGCCAAGGGCUGAGUUCUGGAAACUACGUGGGCUCAGAGGGAACAAAAAGAACGAAAAGAAUUACCGACGGAGUCGUGAUGAUCUACUGCAGCUCACUAUUCAGGGCAAAUUCCCAGCUUAUGAAAGAGUCCUGCUCAGAGAAGCUAAUUUCAAACGACCUAUUGUUAUUAUGGGUCCUCUCAAUGACAUUGCCAUGGGGAAGCUGGCCAAUGAGAUGCCUGAUGAGUAUGAAGUGGCAGAUAUGGUUCCACGCAGUGGAAGUGGAGACAGCGGCUCCACAGUUAUCAAACUGGACACUGUUAGGAAAAUAGCAGAGAAGGACAAGCACCCUCUUCUGGACAUCACACCCACUGCAGUGGAAAGGCUGAACUACAUCCAGUAUCACCCCAUGGUGCUGUUCUUGGAUCCCCAUAGCCGUAAGGACGUCAAAGCCAUGAGGCAGAGGUACAAUCCCGACUCCAACAAGAGCUCGAGACGCCUUUACUCACAGGCACUCAAACUAAGGAAACACUGCAGCCAUCUUUUCUCAGCACGUAUCGACCUGCAGCCUGGCUCCAGUGCCUGGUAUCAGAGUCUGAAAGAUAAGAUCCGCCACCAGCAGUCAAAACCUGUCUGGGUGUCUGAAGUCACGUUGGAGACUGGUGGAGAACAGGACUUGGAUGCUUUGGACCAAACCCAGUCAGACUACCUCAGUGCUGCCAGUGAUCUGGAGGACACAGACGGAGAAGCUUUCACUGACGGAGAGGCCUACACUGACAACGAGGACCUGGAGGAGGCUUACCCUGGUCAGAACGCAGCCAGGUCCAGCAGAGAUUCUAGGCAGGCAGGAGUUGCUUUGGCCCGAUCAUCUGAGCCCGCUUAUGGGGACCCCGAACCCCAAGCAGACACAUACUCCCUCAGAGAAAUCCCACCCUUGAUGCACGUGCCUGAGCCUAGAUCACUCCGCAGGGAUAACCCCAGCCCACCUCGCAGCCCUGUUGAGGAGGAAGAUCAUACUAUUCGCAGUUUCACAGACUCAGAUUUUAGUGCACUUGAUGUAAUUCAACCCAACACUCCAUCAGAUGGACCUCCAGAUUUUAUAGCCCCAGACCCCACCACACGGUACUCGAUGAAUGAGCCUACAAAUACUGCUGAGGUGCAGCCUGAGAGCCCACAGCACGCCACACUGACUGCCAUUGAAGAGAAACUACAAGAGGCUCGCUCUGCAGAGGCCCAGCCACAGGCACAAGCUGAGGAGAGGAAGGGCCCAAAUUUUAUUGUGCUGGCACAUCAUCACCAAGCGGUUCAGUUCAGACGAACACAGAUCCGAGGCAGCGACAGCUCAGACGAUGACGAGGACGAGGUUGAGGACUUUGAAUGGGGCCCUGCAACAGAACUUUAGUUUGCAUUGAGGAUCAAAGACGGAGUCUAAUGAUUAAAAGGACUGAAAAAUUUUUCACUCUGAGAAGAAACUCUUGAAUCCAAAUCAUUUGGUACAUGUUGCUGCAGAAGCAAACAUUUCUAAUUGCCUCAACCAGGCAUGGAUUUGUAAAGAUUGUUUUUUCAAAAUUUCUACUACCUGCUAUUGCCACUUAAAUAUUUUACCAUAAAAAUUCUAAGAUCAAAGUGCCUUAUUUCUUUUAUAGUUCUUAUUAAGAUUACUGCAUAUCACUCAUAUCAGUCUUCGACUUCUAUGUUACUGUAUGUAACCUGUAAACAAGUUUUAGUUUUAUUAGAAAUUUCAUUUAAUGCUAAUUUUUAUAGAAAUAAAUAAGAGCAUUAUUAAACAUA